AUUGGCGAUAUAAUCAUUUUGUUCUUACUGGCCUUGACGUUUGUUGUUAGGUAUUCAAGUUGCCCAGAGGUAUUUAAAAGUUAGCGUAGGAUUGUGCAACAGCCGUGAGAGAAAUAAGUAGUUGAGCCUACGUUUUUAUAUUGAUCCUUUCUCACAGCUAUUUGUAGCAUAUAUUAUUCUAUUUGGGUACCAUUCCCAAUUUGGAUUUUAACCGUUGCUACUGAUACAUUUCUGGUUAUAAAAUGAGUGACGACGAUCAAGUUGUACGACAAAGAGCAGGGGAUGUGGAACCAACUAUUAUUACUGCUUCUUCGACUACUAAUACUAUCGAUAUCGAUACACAAGGUGAUGUAUUAAACACUAACAAACAAACAAGCGAGGAUGAUGACGAUGAUGAACCAAUUGAUCCAAUUAGACCGGAUUUUAAAGCUGCUGAAAAAUUACAUCAAGGUACAGGUCAUGUACCACCAAUAAUUGAUUUCUUAAAUGAAUUUCUUCCACCACGUUGGGUUAAUUGGAUUGUACGAUUAUUUACAGGCCUACUAUUAGUUUCAGGAUUUACACUUCUUAUUUACUUGGGUCCAUUGGCAUUAGUACUUAUGGUUUUAGCUAUUCAAUUGGCUUGCUUUUAUGAAAUUAUCAAUAUUGGUUACUUGGUUUAUCGAUCGCAUGAUUUACCUUGGUUUCGAUUAUUAUCAUGGUAUUUUUUGUUUACAUCAAAUUAUUACCUAUUUGGUGAAAGUUUAAUCACCCGAUUUCGAUUACUUUUAGCUAAAGAAGAUUUUCUACAACCAUGGAUAACUCAUCAUCAGUUUAUUUCAUUUUCAUUAUAUUGUGCUGGGAUUGUUGGAUUUGUUCUAAGUUUAGUUAAAAGGCAUUAUAUUAAACAGUUUACUUUGUUUGGAUGGACUCAUGUUACAUUGCUUAUUUUCGUUACAUCAUCUUAUUUCUGUAUUGAAAAUAUUUUCAAUGGUUUAAUUUGGUUUCUUUUACCAGUUUGUCUAGUUAUAUGCAAUGAUGUUAUGGCAUAUGUAUUUGGAUUUUUCUAUGGGAAAACACCACUUAUUAAAUUAUCACCGAAAAAAACAUGGGAAGGUUUUAUUGGCGGUGGUUUAUCCACUAUAUUAUUCAGUAUAUUACUAUCUUAUAUUUUAGUAAAAUAUGAUUAUUUCGUAUGUCCAAUUGAAUGGGAUGAUACAAAAGGUUCUUUAACAAUGAAUUGUACUAGAAAUCCUGUAUUUAUAGCACAGAUCUAUGAUUUACCAAAGUAUUUAUUCUUUCUUCCAAUACGUCAAAUCACUUGGUAUCCAUUCUUACAGCAUUGUUUAAUUAUCAGUAUAUAUACAUCAGUUGUUGGACCGUUUGGUGGAUUCUUCGCUAGCGGUUUUAAGAGAGCAUUUAAAAUUAAAGAUUUUGGUGAUUUAUUCCCUGGACACGGUGGUGUAGUUGAUCGUUUUGAUUGUCAAUUAAUAAUUGGAACAUUUGUAUUAUUUUAUUAUAAUUCAUUUGUUCGAUCUUAUAGUCCCGUUUCUCUAUUACCGAAAAUCUACAUUUUACCACCAAAUACACAAAUUCUAUUUUAUCGUCUACUUACGGAUGGUCUUUGUAAACGUGGUCUACUUCCUAAUCAAUUAGUAGAUGCAGUAAAUGAAUAUUUACCAUCUCCAUCAGGAUCAAGUUCAACAACAAUACGACCAACUAGUUCAUCAUCAUCAUCAUCGUUGAAUAAUGUUGAAGUGUAGAAAGUAUUUGAAAAAAAUAGAUCAACCAAUGAGAAUAUAAGCCAACAAGUGAUAGUGUUACAAACACACACACAUACAUACCUACAUGCUUCUGUAUGUUUGUCGUGUGUGUGUGUAUCUGUAUUUUAUUAACACAUACACACACACUAGAGCUACGGACACAUACAUGUGCGUUUAACUUAUUUUUCAUUACUUAUGCCUGUUACUUCUCGUGAAGGAGCAUAGGCCGCUCACCAUCAUUCUCCAUACAACCCUGUCCUGAGCAAUCCUUUCCAGCUCCUUCCAGUUCCUAUUCAUCCUUUUCAUAUUUUUCAUACAGAAAGAUUAAAUAUAAAAUUACUUUAUACAAUAUUUCUACUAUUGGGCUUGGUGAUUGUUCAAGUUUGGAUUUUACAAUGAGAGAUUCCGAUUUAAAAAAAUGUGGUGUUGUUCUCCCUCCCUGCUCACUUUUAUCAUGAUUAUUAUUAUUACUCCUAUUACCUAUUUGCUAACAGGCUUUUAUUGUAUACUUCCCCUUGCAUAGACAAGUGUAUUGUAGAUCAUUAACAUAAUGAGAUAUAAUAUUAUAUCUCAUGCAGACACACACGCACAGUCACGCAUUAUGAGAUGUACAACUAACGUCAAUAAUCAGUUUACUUUGUUUUCAAUUUUUAAAUUAAUUAGUAAAUAUUUGUUGUACUACUUACUAGUUUAUACUACUCAUAUAUAAGUAGUAUGUGUUGUUAGCUGAAUUGAACUGAGAGAAAUCAUUCAAUACAAGCAGAAAUUUAAAAUGUGAAUCAUGAAAGUGUUAAUACAAUUGUGUUUUAACAGAAUAUGUAGAGUUUGUUUCUUGUUUUUUUUAUUGUAGAAAAUAAAAAAUAUACUGAUUUACUACUCUAUUCAAUCCAGUCAAUGUAGUAUUGUUUUAAUUGAUCAUCAUCAUCAUCAUUUAUUUUGUAUUGUUCACUUACGUGGUGCAUUUCCCUCUCUCUCUCUCUCUCUCCACGUGUAGUCGGCUUGUAUCCGUUUACAUAACCUCAUUAUUAUUAUUAUUGUCAUUGUCAGUAUUGUUGUUUGUUUUACACCCGUAUAUAUAUGACAGUGAUUGUCUACUUCAUUUCACUUUUCACAACUACUAUACACUCAUUAACAUACAUUUUCUUAUCAUUAAGAGAAUAAUGUAUCAAACAUUAAUAGGGGUGGGGAGACUGUUGCUAUUUCUAUUUAAUUAAAGUUAUGAUUAAUACUGUUAUGUCAUUCAAUGAUAAAUUUAUUCUGUGAUUUCUUCAUUUAUAUUAAUAUCUAUGUGAUACAUAUUGAUGAAGUGUAUCAAUUUGACAGUGUGCAUAUUCAUAUAUAUAUGGAUAUACAUUCAUAUUUUCAUAGAUGCUUACAAAAAUAUUGUGUUUUCUCAUUUUUACAUCGUAUUCUGUGUCACUUUGAUAUAGAUGCAUUUAAUAAAACUAAUGAUCUUUACAUACAUAUAUAUAUAUAUAUAUACACUUCCACUUCAUCAGUAUUGACACUUUGUUGUCUAUAUAGUUUAAUGAUGGAUUAUGUUAAUUCAAUUGUUGAUAGUCUUAUUAUGUUUCCUGAUUU